AUGGCGGGGCGCCCGGUGCUGCUCCUGCUGCUGCUGCUGGCGGGGACCCCGCGCUCCGCCCGCGCCUGUCCCGGACCCCCAGCUCGGCCCCGCGCCGCCGCCGCCGCCGCCCUGGGAGCGCUGCUCCGGUCCCUGCAGCGCUCCGGCCGCGCCCCCGGGCCCCCCCUGCAGCCGCAGAGGUCGGGCUGGGGGCCGCAGGGGGGGGCUCAGGCCCGGCUCAGCGCCCGCAGCUGGGACCCCCCAGUGGCCCCGUUCUGGACAAUGGCGACUCCGCAGCGCUUUGGCCGCCGCCGCUGAGCGUCCGGCCCCGAGCCCGGCCCGGAGCCCAUCCCGAGCCUGUCUGUGUGUCUGUCCGUCCCCCAAUAAAGUGGUGCCCCCACUCCCA